AUAGGGGAAAGGUUAUUUUGAAGAUGGCUGCUCCCCAGGAUGACAUGUUUUCCCUGUGCGUGGACCCCGGCAAAGUUAGCAAUUGUGUAGAAGUCAGAUUCAUCGACAAGAUCAAGGGCAAAGGCUUAUUUGCAAAGAAAAACAUCAAAAAGGGAGAUACCAUCUUCAUUGAGAGGCCUCUAGUUUGCUCCCAGUUCCUGUGGAAUGCUUUGUACAAAUACAAAGCGUGUGAGUACUGCUUGCGGUCCCUGGAGACAGCUGAGGAGAAUGCACGCAGACUCACUGGUAUUCCUGGGCUCAACCUGCCCCACCCUGAGCUGUGCCAAGUACGGCCGGAGGCCCACCAAGCCUGCACUCAAUGUCAGGUAAUGUACUGUAGUGCAGAGUGCCGUCAGACUGCAGCAGAUCAGUACCACCGGGCUCUGUGUUUGGGCCCCUCUCACGAGGCUACCGACCACCCCAUCAACAAACUACAGGAUGCAUGGAGGAGUAUGCACUACCCUCCAGAGACCUCCAGCAUUAUGCUCAUGGCCAAGAUGGUCGCCACUGUCAAGCAGGCCCAAGACAAAGGGCGCUGGCAACAGCUGUUCUCUCAAUUCUGCAGCCGUGCAGCCAACGAAGAAGAAGAGAUUGCCCACAAGCUGCUGGGAGAUAAAUUCAAAGGACAGUUGGCCUUGUUACAAAAACUGUUUACAGCAGCUCUUUAUGAUGCUCAUCUCAAUCGGUGGUUCACUCCUGAGGGCUUCCUCUCUCUCUUCUCUCUGGUGGGGACCAACGGACAGGGCAUCGGCACCAGCUCCUUGAGUCGAUGGGUUCAUGCAUGUGAUGCAUUGGAGCUGCCUGGCCAGCAGAGGGAGCAAUUGGAUGCCUUCAUUGACCAACUGUACAAGGACAUAGAGAAAGAGACUGGGGACUUUCUGAACUGUGAGGGCUCUGGACUCUUCCUACUUCAAAGCUCCUGUAACCAUAGCUGCAUACCCAACACAGAGGCAUCAUUUCCAGACAACAACUUCCUGCUUCAUCUCAGUGCCCUCAGUGACAUCAGCCCUGGAGAGGAGAUCUGUAUCAGUUACCUAGACUGCUGUCAGCGAGACCGGAGCCGGCAUAGCCGCCACAAAAUUCUGAGGGAGAACUACCUGUUUGUCUGCUCGUGUCCAAAGUGUGUCUCCCAGAUGGAUGAGCUGGAUCUGACAUCGGAUGAGGAGGAUGAGGGGGAGGCCGAGGGGGAGACGGAGGGAGACGAGAUGGAGGACGAGAUGACGGACGUCUGAUGAAAAAGUCAGGCUUUGUGGAUUCAUGUUCCCUCCCUCUCACCUGUUAUCACCACGCUGUACAGCUGUAAGACAGAGACAUCCGUCAUCAAAGAAUAACUUUCAUAUAUGACACCAAACAUGUGGACAUUAGACAGUAUCAUGAUAUUUUUCCUCAAGAACGUUUCAGUCAGUUCUUGCACAAAGGAUUUACCUCUAAAAGCUGUUGUGAUUAUGCCUGCCCCACCUCUUAAUUCACACAGAGGAGAUAUUGCUCACUUAUGCUUCUUGUUCAUCUGUUUAAUACCUCUUAGACUCAUAAGUGAGCGUACAAGCAAUGAGUCCACUAUUCUGAGAAGUAUACAUGUUCUGUUCUAAGAGUAGCUAAUCGUACAAGUAAUGAGUCAAAUCUGCAGGAUGGCGGCCAAUGAUGAGUGUUUACACAUGUAAACGGAACUGAGUAGCCAAAGUCCAAUAUGGUUCCUUUAUUUUCAUAUGAUAAUGAACUUUAUGUGGUAAGCUGAAGCCUUGGCAUCACCCACAGUGGGAGAGAUUUUAUCUGUGGCAUUUGCCCUUUAUUUAGGAUAACUUUGUCACUGUUCCACAUGAGGGAAAUGGUGAAUUCUGCCAGUACAAAUCAACACAAUAGUGAUGUCUGUAAUUUCCAAGCCAGUGUUUUGUUAGUACACAAACAUGGCAGACCUCAAUUAUCUCAGUUGGCAGUCGGGGCACUGGUACAUGAGAAUGUUGCCUUUGAAGUCACACAAAGACAAUCAGCAGUGUUAAAGCAACAGUUAAUACGAGGAUCCUAGUCAUUGUCAUUUUUACUUCUCUGGAAUAAACCAUUCAAAUGUACAAUCCGUGUUAGCUCGAUUUAGAUUCUGGAUUAGACGAUUUAUUUUACUGUGUAAGCUUUCUCUGCUGGCAAUUUUUGUCCUAAUCUACCUUGAAACUUGUUUUCCAGCAAGUCUAAUUAUCUUUGGUACUUCGUUGCUCGGACCUGAUUAAAAUUCCUAGGAUUAUUUUUGUAUUCUUAUUAUUUUGCCUGUUGGAGGCUAAUAGCGCUGCCAUAAUGGGUUCUGGAGAUGCCAAACAAGGUGGCCAGGUGUAUGCAGACCAGCGUUACAUACUCAUAGGAUAAGGCACUAAUUGGCCCCUAUGUGGCACUAUAAUAAGCAACAAACUGAAAGGGGUUUUUCCCUACUGACCUGCUUACCCGGAAGUUCUGAAUAUGCUACAAUGUUCUUUGCAUUACAAGGAACAAAUAUGCCAAAAAUGGUUCUCUGCAAAUUAACCAAGCGUUCUCCUCCUGGACUGGUUACAAUAUGGUAAUAUUUGCAUAGCAUAUCCAGAUGUGAGACCCAAUAACCUCCAAAUUGCACACCAUAGAGGCGCUAUAGCACACUUAGAUCUGUGAAUAUCUGUGUCAUGCAAGAUGCAGGAGCCGUGCACACAAUGUUUGUUUAAUGAGCAUGCAACUGAGCAUUCAUGUGGACGAAAUGGAAAAUCUUCAAUUCUUUCAGGCUGCCCUCAGUAUUAUGUUCUUAGCCUGGAGUUGAGGUUAAAGUUGCCUGGUAAUGUGCACUUGUUUCUGUGCUUCACAUAACACUUGAGUCUCUCAUUUCUUAUUAAGAAUUGCGCUUUCAGCUAACAGUGCAGCUCAUACAUUUGACGGAAAGGACUAGAAAACCUUUAGUGUAUUUCAUCUCUAGAAAACAGCAUUUUCAUCUUGUAUCAAUUAACCAGUUAUUUAAAAAAAUGUGCACAUGAAAACAAAAUGCUAUAUGAAUGAAACUAUUUUCCAGUAAUUCAUGUAAUCCAUUUUAUUUGACCUAAGGCUUUUUAUGCAGCCUUAAUGGGUGUGAUUAUUUGCACUGAUAUCUUGACCUGAAACCACCACUUCCCCAAGCUUCAAAACAUUCAAGCUCAAUGCUGCUAGCAGCUUUAAUUGGUAGAGCUUUUUUAUAUUAAUGUUUAAUUUCUUUGACAGCUCACUCUUUGCAUGACCUUGAUUUUGAUGUAGGCUAUUUAUACAAAAUGUGUGUGGCUAAGAACAGCUAACAUCUUCAAACAUCUGUAACCUACAUCUUGUAUGUUGUGUGGACUGACCACUGCCCUACAGAAAUAAAUGACGUACGUGUA